GAGUUGUAUUGUUCUUUGCCUAACCCUAGGAAUGUCCAUUUUGAAUCUGUAAACAUGAAAAAUGUCCUUCACUGGUCAGCACCAGAAGGCACAGGAGAUGGGGUACUCUACAAGGUGAAGUACUCAGUAUAUGGUGUUGGCAAAUGGAUUAGAAAGCCAGAAUGCAGGAAUAUCAACAGAACAUGGUGUGACCUCUCCGAUGAAACCUCUGACUAUGAAGACCAAUACUAUGCAAGCGUUAAAGCCUUCCUAAAUGGGAAGUGCUCAGACUGGAUAGAGACUACGAGAUUCAACCCCCUUACAGACACUAAAAUUGAUCCACCCGUGGUAAGUGUAUCUUCUACUGAGAAAUCUAUUUCGAUCUUUCUGACUGCUCCUGAGAAGUGGAAGAGGAGCCCUGAGGGAGAAUCCAUAUCUCUACUUCAAGUGUAUCCUGGCCUGCAAUAUAACGUGUCCAUCCUCAACAAAAAAACAAAGAAGCGGUGGUUCUUCUCCAUCAGCAACAACACCUUAGUUGUGCCGCAGUUAGAACCUGACACGGUUUACUGUGUCAGCGCACAGAUACAUGUCAUCACACCACUUCUGCACAGUGGUUUCUCCAAAGAAUAUUGCAUUGCUACCCUGAAAGAUAAAACGGCAGCUGAGACUAUAACAAUCCUAUUUGGAUAUGUUCUGCCUAUCAUGCUGGCUGUCCUUUUUAUUUCAAUGACAUGCUAUUAUGUGCACAGGUAUAUUCACAUCAGCAAACAGAAACAUCCAACAAACCUGGUAUGGCACUACACUGACAAAUGCAAGGAAAUGGUUUUCAUGCCACGUGAGAAAAUAGUCAUCAACCUUAUCACCGUUAAUGUGGAUGAGAAUAGGCCAUCUCAGGAAUCCAAUCAUCAAUCAGAAAGGAAACCUCCCCAUUAUUAUACUGUUUACAAUGGCACUGAAGGGAAGGAUUUGCCCUCAGAAGAAACACUGGAAACAAAACACUUGCUUGAUAUUUCACAUGAAGAGAAUACUUUAGCAGAUGGGGACCAAAGUGAGAACUGGCCAUCUUAUGGCCAGCCUGGAACAAAGAACACUUUAAGACAGGAAAACACAGGGACAGUAGAGUAUGAACAUGAUUUAAGGACUGAAGACUUCAGUCACAGUCAGAAACGCGAAGAGAAGACUUGUGUGCCCAGGGAACUCCUAGGUGAGCCACAGAUUGCUUUGGGCGACUUGGUUAAUAGGGAAAUAGGACAGCUGUAUUGUCCCCAGCUAGAGGCGAGGGUAGCAGAUCCUCCUUCGGGACAGAAAAUAGAGAAACUUAAUUUGAAGAUGGUUGAUCCAGCAGACAGGGAGGCCCAUAUCAACUUGGUGGACUUGGAGACUGAAAAAAUUGGGCAGACAUCCUAUUGUCAGCUGGAAAAACUAGCGCAGGGCCUCACAGAGAAAGGGGGUGAACAGGUCAUAUUAGUAGAUUGGGAUCCUCACACUGGAAGACUGUAUAUUCCUACCUUGUCCAGUGUUGAGAAUGAAGUGUGUGAAGGAAUGUUAAAGUGUGAUGAUCCUGACAAAGAGGGAAUUUUGUCCAGACUGUAUGAGAAAGAGGUAUCUGAUGAGUCAUCAGAGGACCAAGAAACGUAUCUCCUGCAAUUCAAGGAACAAUGGGGACUGCACGUAGAAAUGGAAGACUGA